AUGAACUGUUUUUUCCGUCACGUAUCGUUACACAGCCAAAUAUUGUUGUCAAAACUGCUUAUUGGUCAUCCAUUGAUUUCCACGAAUUCGGCUACAAAAUCAUGAAAGCAAUCAAAUAGAAAGGUUGUUAGUUCAAACGUCAGGAAUUUAAGUGAACGUUAGGUUGUUUUCAGUUGGUAGCGCUCUCUUUGAGAUGUAACCUUGAGGGAUGCAGAGUUCUAACAGCAUUUUACAUUUAGUUCUGAUUGGCUUUCAUCACAGGAAGGGAUCUGUUGUUGAGCUAGUCUAUCCCUCACUGUCACAUGAUAGUUCUGAUCCUACACAUCUCCCUCAUCCAUGGCGUCAUUUGCCUGCUUUAGCAAUAGCCGAUGGAGCCCAUAACUACACAAAAGAUUGCACGUAUUUCAGCCUGCCUUCAAUGGAAAAGGAAGAUGACACUGUCUUUGGUAUUGCUUGUUACCGCCAGGCAGACUCGGCUUCAUAUGUUCAACCUAAUCCUGAAAUCACUCGAAACACUGUACAGAAAAGCUUGGUUGUACUAUCGAGAUUUCCACUUUUUAGUUUCAUCGCCCAUCAUCUUACGACAAUAAUUGAUAAUCUGUUCAAAAGCAAAGGUUUUACCCCAGAAAGUCUCCAGAACUCAUAUGAACAAUUAAGUCAUUUUGUAGACAAUGUUUUAGGUGAUCCAGUUUCUUACCAAGAUGCACUAUUUUAUAAUCUAAGUGCGUCCAAUUUUGUUCGCGUUUACAAACGUGACGCAUUAUGUCUAUUCAAAUUACUUUUAUUGGAAAGACGUAUUUUAUUUACGGGAGAUUCUGGCGGAACUGUAUCAAAUUGGAUGUUAACUUUACUCAGUUUGUAUCCAGAUAUGUUACGUAGUGGUUUGUCACAAUGUUCCGUUAUUGAUCCCUCAUGGAUUUCAGAGACAACUUAUUGGUCUAAUAUGAAUGAUUCCAGUUCAAAUAGCUUUAAUUCUUAUCAGUAUUCAUCAGAAGGAUCAUUCACUAAGAUCAGUGGACAAAUGUCAGAACAGCAUACAGAUUUAACUCUAAAUAAAGAAGAAAACGUUCAGCUUAUCUUAAAUGUUGAUUCCAAGAACUCAGCCAAUAAUCUUGAUCCACGAAGAACUCAUAUAAUAACCGUACCCGAUACAUUACAUACGGAAUCAAAACAACCUGUAAUAAAUGAGUCAUAUAUAAAAUAUCAAACCAACAAUUUUCUGGAGAAAACAACUGAAGAUUCAAUGUUCAAAUUUCCGUUAAAUUCACCAUUUCCUACUGAUGAUUGGGGAUUUCCUUUAUCUGUAUUUACGAAAUCUUAUUUAGCGCCUAUGUAUAUUCCCCUUGCUUUAAUGGAUAUACUACUAGAACAUUCUAGUCUUCCUAUGUCAUUCAGAUCAAGUAUUAAUUUACCAUCAUCUGGAAAUCAGAGUCUGACUUUAACCGACCGAUCAGUACGUGGUUUUGUUGCUGGUGCAACCAAUCCCUUAUUACAAUCAAACAAACAACUAACUGAGGUUUUUGUGUCAUCCUUAUCGCCUGUUAAGGAUAUUUGUGAAAACUACUUCCCACAUUUGUCUGAACUAACCGGUGCAUUUGGAAAAUCGGUCUUUGGAAUAGAAACAGAUUCUAUGUCGAGUCUUUCACUGUCUGAAAAUUCAACGAAAACUUCUUUUUCCAUUAAUGUCGAUAGUGAAAAGAAUACACAAAACACUGGAUCCAAAGUUUCAAAUUCUUCACGACCAUUUUCUAUGCCCAAAAGAUCACAACCAGUCAUUCAAAUAAAUUCAGUAAACAUUACUGAUAAGUAUCCUGUCAACUCACGUUCUAUGCCUGUUCCACUAAACCGUGCAUUGCAACUAAGUCGUACUGAUAGAUUGUUUAUUGAUCAUUUGGUAAUGACUGUCAAUACAUGGUACAGUGCACAAAUAGACUAUUGUCAACAAUUGUCUUCCAAAAAAGGUGAAUUGGUAACGUCCCAUAGCUUUCAUAGAUUAGACCAAUUGGAUACAGAAAUUUUGGAACAGCUCACAUUAAUCCAAAAAACAGCCUUACUAAGAUUUCCGUCUCAAACUAUUUUAGAUGCUUGGAUACGACAACAGUUUUUAAUUUAUUUAAGAGCAUUAUUAUUAUCUGCUCAAGGUUACAAUUCCAAUGCAUCAGAUUUUCAGUCAGCCUAUUUAACUUGUUUUCGUUUAACAAGAAAUUUUUUAAUUUGGCGUUAUCAAUUUAUUCCAAGUCAAUUGUUUACUGUUUCUAAACCAGAACAAAUUCAUCAUAAUAAUUCUAAUACUAAAUUAAUCAACAAACCAAUAGAUAAUGUGGAAAUUUUAAAAACAACUGGAGAUUCAUAUAAUUCACAGUUGCAGGACUCAUGUACAACUUCACCAGACUCUGUUGCCGCUGUAGUCUCGCAACAUCCUGGACGUAAACUUGCAGAACCUGAUGAUUGGAAUCAAAUUGCUGGUAGUUUUAAAAAGUUGAGCAACAUGGCUGCUGAUCAAGGUCGGAGACUUGUCAGUCAAAGUGUUGCUGGUCUUGUGAAAUUCGGUAGUGAUUUCAACUCGACAUUUCGUUCAUCCUCGCCAUCAAGUUUUGUUUGGAAAUUCUCAGAUGCUCUUAAAUCAGUUGUUUCAAAUCCCAUAUCAAUUAGUUCUCCAAUAUUACCACUUGAAACCACAGGUUCCAAUGGCGAAUCAAUUUCUCCACAAAACAAUGUUCCGAAAACUCAGAUAUGAAAUAAUAAAAAUUACUUUUAUUAAUCAAUGUUGUUCACUGUUGUAGCUGUGAUAUUUAUUGUGAUAUAUUUUACUUCACAGUGAAAUCCUUCUUUCAAUCAUAUUUUAUAUCAAACUUUAUCAAUCUCAUGUCUUAUUAUUCCCAAUUUUUAUGCAUCGUUUUAUUCUUGUGGUCGUAAAUGCAUUUGUAUGAACGCAAUCUUGUUGUCUGAUUUCUUUACGUUCAGAGUUUUGUUGUACUUAUGUUAUAUUUUGCGAUAAACAUUUGUGUAAUAUAAUAAUAAUAAUGAUUUGAACUGUUCAUUAACUUUAAUUAUAUAGAGUCUUUUGUUCCAACUUUUUAUGUCUCAUCUAGUUCUGUUGAGUUAUCUGCAUUGAUGGAUUCUAUUACGUAAUGCAACUUGUUCUGAACUAGUUCAAUCCUGUGUGUCUAACUUCACUUUCGUCGGUAACAACAAAGGUCUAAAAAAUAACGUAUGCUAUUUAACAAGGAUAAAGGUUUUCAAAGUUUGAAGGCUAAACAAAUAAACUUGAAUAAAUAUUACUCAAGUCUUCAUUACAUAGAUCUUCAAACUAAUAUUACUGAAAGUUUCAACUCCUUGAUGCAUGACACUAAAAAGAGUAUGUUCUAAUUAAGCUGACACGACUAAGCAUAGUCAACUUCGGGUAUCAAACUAUUUUUAUCAUUUAAGCUUUAAUCUAAAUAAAUUACAAUACUUCAUUUUAAAGUACUGGAUACAAUCAUUUCGCAGUUUAUUUGCGCGCCAAAUCAUUUUCAGAACGAUUAUUAUGAUAACAUUACUCCAACUACAUAUCUUCGAUUGACCAUAAUCUGACGAGUGUUGAGCACUGCAAAUCGCAAUGUUGAUAAGUCUGUCAAACAUAUUUUGUAAAUAAUUUUUAAUAUUAUUUGUAUUUAUUUUUCAAUCUUUUUUACUGUUUGUACAUUUAUUAUUAAAUCAUUGUACCUGUUGUUUUAGUAAAUGACCUUGAUCACUUUUUCCGUUGUAAUACUGACAUAGCGUGACACUAUUGUGGUUGUUUCCUA